UAUUGCCCUUUCUUAUUAUGCAUGAAAAUGUGGAGACAAGUAUGCCAUGCAAACUAAUGUAUCAUGAGCCAGGAAGAUACAUUCGUAGCUGGACAACCAACAGUAGUAGACGUCAUGUGCAUUAGCUCCGUGUACAACACUAUAACGGCCCACACCAAAAAGCGAAAGGGACAACCCAAACUGCGUCUUCUGGAUUACGCCGAGCGACAUGGUUACAUGAAGGGAGUCGUGAAACAAAUCAUCCCCGAUCCAGGCCGUCGCGCCACGCUGGCCGUCGUCCACUUCCGGGACUCGUACAAGUUCAAGGUCCGUAAGCAGCAGUUUAUCGCCACCGAGGGUAUAUACACCGGUCAGUUUGUGUACUGCGGAAAGCGCGCCCAGCUGCAGAUCGGAAACGUGCUCCCGAUCGGUCUGAUGCCCGAAGGUACCAUCGUGUGCAACCUGGAGGAGAAGACCGGUGAUCGGGGCAAGCUGGCCCGAACCUCCUGCAACUACGCCUCGGUUAUUGCCCACAAUCCGGAUACCAAGCCUACCCGUGUGAAGCUGCCGUCCGGCGCCAAGAAGGUUCUUCCUUCGAACAACCGAGCCAUGGUCGGUAUCGUUGCCGGUGGUGGUCGUAUCGAAUUAAACAUUAAUCUCAUCAAGGUCCGCAGAUCCCUCGGUGUGUACCUUUUAUAAAAAAAAUUCAGAAAAUCAAAGUUGGUUUGAGAGUUUUUGAAUGUGGCUAUUUUUUUGUAACAAGGAAUAAUUACGAUGAUUUUUAACCGCUAUUCAAAACGUAGGAAAUCAGGUAAAUAGUUGUUAAAAAUUGAUUGAUAAUUUAAAAAUUAUACAAAUUUUGAUGUUUUCGGAGAGAUAAUAAAAAAAAAACUCGAAAAAACUUUAGUUUCAAUUUU